AUGAAGAAAACAGGUUUAAAUAUAUGUUUCUUGCUUUUGGUGCUUCAUUGGAUGGUUGGAAACAUUGCAGACCAAAUUAGGGAUUCAGAAAAUGACAAUGCAUGGAUAUGGUUCUUUACAAGACUAAAAGAAGCAAUAGGAGAUCGAGAAGACUUGUGCAUAGUAUCUGAUAGGCACAAAAGCAUCAAAAAUGCAAUUGAACAAGUGUAUCCUGGUGUAUACCACAGAGUUUGCCUUUAUCAUUUGAAGCAAAAUCUAAGGACUAAGUUUAGGGGAUUACAUGUGCAUACCAUAUUCAAAACUGCUUCAAGAGCCUACUCAGCUCAAGAAUAUUAUUCUGCCAUGGCUGAAUUACAGAAAAUUAGCCCUGAAAUGACCACUUAUCUUUUGCAAGCAAAACCAGAAAGAUGGGCUCGACCAUUCUUUCCAACGAAAAGGUAUAACAUUAUUACAAGUAACAUUGCCGAAUCUAUAAAAGCAACAAUUGUGCAUGCGAGAGAAUUUCCUAUAACGUCGUUAAUAAAAGUUGUGAGAGAGAUGCUUCAAAGAUGGUUUUCAACAAGAAAAGAAGCAGCAAUCGCCCAAUUUAUUGAAGUGAAAAAAUGGGCAAAUGAUGAAAUGGAGAUAAAACUUGAUGUGGUAGAUGCAAUUGAUGCAAUGGAAUCUCAUGUCACAUAUGGUGAUCGACUGUUUGUUGUUGAUUUGGAACAAAAUAUGUGCACAUGUAAUGAAUUUCAACUAGAGGGAAUUCCAUAUGCACAUGCUAUCGCAGCAACUGAAAGCAAGUAUUUGGACAAGUACAAAUUUUGCUCAAAUUUGUAUAGAAGAUCUGUUUUGAAAGAGACAUAUGCUGGUUUAAUUAAUCCUAUUCCAGAUAAAGUUGAUUGGAGUGUCCCAGAUGAAAUAAAAGAAGAUAGCAUGAAAGCUCCAAAAUUCAAAGUAAAACGAGGACGUCGUAAGAAAAAAAGAAUUCCAUCAACAAGAGAGUUUUCCAAGCAUGUUCGAACAGUCAAGUGUGGAAAUUGUGGAAUAUUGGGACAUAAUAGAAAGAAUUGUAAAAACCAACCAAUUCUAAAAGAAGGAUAA